AUGGCUGAAGUUGCGGAUUCUCCCGGUCCCCUCGAGCCGCAGGCUAGACAUGUUGUAUACUGUGGAGUCUGCACUCUACCACCAGAGUACUGCGAGUUCGGCGGCACGGCGAAGAAAUGCGAGGAAUGGCUUGAGGCUAAACAGCCUGAUCUUUGGAAUAAAUUAUAUUCGGAGGCGGCCCAAACCGAAGCCCGGGACGCAGAGCGCAAAGCCGCCUCAAAAAUCCAAAUCAAGCGCGUAGAGCGCAACAAACGCAAACACGUCACUGUAAUUAUCGGGCUGGAAGUAUUCGGACUAGAGAAUAAGAAAUUGGCCAAGGAUUUGGGGAAGAAGUUUGCUACUGGUUCUUCUAUGACGAGGUCUGCUGCGGGAACGGAGGAGAUUACUGUUCAGGGGGAUGUUAGUGAGGAUGUGAGGGAGUGGUUGCUGGAGGUUCAUGGGGAUAAGGUUCCUAGGGGGAAUAUUGAGUUGAUUGAGGAUAAGAAGAAGAAGAAGGCUGAUGCUGCGGCUGGGAUUGUUUAG